CGUAACAAAUGAGAUGUGCUUUAGGUCUGAAAUUGAAGCUUUGUAAUAUAUAUCAAAUGUUGAAAAAGAAAUAUAAAUCAAAUAUUAUAUAUAUUGCAUUACUAUUCCCAAGUAAAUAAGCCUUUUAGUUGCCCGAAAGAAACAAAAGUGAAAAAAAAGGACAAGCCUUUAUAUACGAUUUGAUUUUAAUUAGUAUCUAAUCUACAAUCCAUUAAAUAGGCUGAUUUAUUUCAAUUAGUAGAUCCUACGGACAUCAUAAUUUGCAGAUACUGACAUAAUCCAUUAUUUUUUUUAUUUUUGAGCCAAGUUUUUGGUGUAAGUCAUGCAUCGGCUUAUCAAAGAACAUAUCUCGAGUUUAUUUCUGUAAAAAAAAAAUUAAAGUUUCAUGUAUUAAAAGUAUUUAUGACAUCACUAACCGAUUUCAGUAUCAACUAUCAAGGAACAUUGAUUCAGCAGGGUAAUUAAUAAUUUGUAUCACUUUAUUGUAUCAAUUUACCGAUUAGAGGAAGAGAGUCCCCAUCUUCUUGCCAGAUAUACAAUUAAACAGAUACUUGACGAUGGAUGAUUGAUCGCAUGUGGAUCCGUGGCAUGUGCAUCAGAUAGUAUUAUUUAAAACUAAUCAAUAAUCUAGAAAAAUAAAUAGAGAGAAUAAUAUUACUCAGUAUUCGAAACUCAGAAAAUCUAUAUUCUUCUUUCUUUUUCUGUUUAAGGAGUUUGGACGUUCUGGCCGAGAAACAUCCACUUGUAGUAUCCGAAACUCAGAAGAGAAUGUAUCCGAAAUGCAAGGGACCUACCAAGACAAGUCAUCAUUCUUUGAUAUGUAUGAGUGAUUUUGGAGGUCUCUCUCUAUUCUCGACAUGUAAUUAAAUUCUUUGUCUACACACCUUAACUUCAAACUUUUAUUUGGCAGCUAUAAAAAUUUACUUCAAAUUCCAUUCGUUUUUAUUUGUUAAUCUUAAAACCAAAUUUGAUUCGACAAAACUCUACUAUCGUACCAUAUUACCAUGUUUGGUUUAUAUGAAAAAAAUAAAACACCUCUAGUUAUAAUCUCUUUUGAUAGGACAUUUUGAUAGGACAUCAGCGCAAACGUUGAAGCUCUGGAAAUAAUUCCAUUAAAACUAUUAGUCAAAAACGUGUUGCAGCAAAUACGUAUAGAUAAAUUUCUUAGGAUAGGUUUUUUUAAUUUUUUAUUACAAAAAUAACAUUCAAUGAAAAAAUAAUCAAAAAAUAAUUUUUAAAUUGUAAAAAUAUAAUUUUUAGAUUUAGAAUUUAGAGUUAAAGUGUGGAGUUUUGACGAUAGAAUUUUAAAUUUUAAAAAAAAAAUAUAUUAACACUUCCAAAAUGAAAAUGAACUGUUUUGGUCAUUUUUUAUUGAAUGUUAUUUUUUGUGACAAAACUUAAAAAUGAUUAUUUGAGAGAAUUCCAAUACAUAUAUGUUAUAUUAAUCUAAUUCAUUUUCCACACAAACCCUUGGAAGAAGAUGAAACUUAACCACAAAUAAGAUUAUCGAUCAAAAACAAAAGAUUAUCAAUCGAUAUUUUAACCUUGAUAACAUCACCUUCCUUCCUCUCUUCUAGUUAUGAUGAAUGCCAAAGAAAUUAUCUUGUUAAUAAUUUAUAUGAUCUUGAUGUUUGUCUAGAUGGAUAGUAUUUUGAUAAUCUAAUUUUUUAAAAUGUCUAGAGAUUCUGGGUCUGAAAACUCAUAUAUCUUUUAGGGAGACCCAAACCAUUUUAAAUUAACUAUUUUUAUGAGAGCAAAACGUAAUUUUGAUAGAUAUAAACACAACUUCAUCAUGUUAAAGUUUCAGUUAGAAACUCAAAAUCAGUUGACUCGUGUGUUUAUAAAGAUUGAUUUAAUUUAGGUCAUAUAUUAUUUCCGCGCGAGAAUUAUUAAGUUUGCUUCUCGAAUACAAAUGGCUAUCUCACAUCACAUGGGCAAAAUCUGCACUAUCAAGACCACAUAUCGCUUCAUCUUCACUUCUUUCUUCUUUGAGCGAAACAAAAAUCAGAUUUAUCUUAGGGAUUGAUGAAACUUCCCCCUAUUCGCUAAUGAUCUUGAAAAUUGCUCAAAUUUAAGUAUUCUAUUUGUCUUCGCAAACUCGAAAUCACGUGCUUAUCCAACAAAUGGGGAAUAAGUAAUAAUUAGAAUUAAAGUUUGGGAGCUAGAUUGACCUAAUCCAUAAAGUUGGGGGUCAGGGGUGUGAGAACAUAAAAGGUAUCCAUUUUACGUGUGGGUCAAGAUUUUUGAGCGUUCACGUGAUCUAAAAAAGGAGAAGGAAGAGACAGGCUUCAAUAUCAAGAGCUAAAAAACCCUCAACACUUGAAAUAAGACAUUGGCAGGUGAUGUGAUUGUGUAGUGAUGAGUUUCAAUGUAUCAUCGCUUUUUCAAUAAGGCCAUCCCACAUACUUCCUUUACACUAUACGACUCGCAAUUAUCAAAGUUAUUAUGUCUUUAACCAAUACAUCCAUAUAUAUCGGCAUAUGACUUCGUCAUCAGUGCUUUCAACCCGAUAUGGGACCUUUUCGAUCCGUGACAUAAAAGAAUGUCCAGGGCUCAACUUUUUUAUGCUGAUUUUGUGAAAACUAAGAGAUAUAAUAGUACUAGAAGAACAAUCUGAAGUGGUUAAAAUCUCUAACAAAAAUUCAUAAGAUUUUGUUCAAGAUUAUUUUUUAGUUUAAAUUGAUCAAUUUAAUUACAUAUGUAAUUCACUUGUAAGAAAUUACCUAAAACUAUCGGAGUGAUUUGAUACAUUGAUCCAAAGAAUAAGUGUUAUAAUGUUGAUCGAUUUUUUUUUUGGGUGGUGGGAUCAUAAUAUUGCAGUUAUUUACUUGCAAUAUAGAUACAGUAAAUCUACAUACUGUAUAAAUACCAUUUCCUAAACACAACGCUAUGCCUGAACAUAUAUUUUAAUAAGUUUUUCUUAAAAUCAAAAUAGAUUUCAACUAUUUACUGCUGCCUGGUUAAUUCGCUACAAAUCUUGCUCACUCCACUCCUUGGUAAUGGUAGAUUUUCACAUGGCUACAUAGUACAUUCCAUGUAAUAUAGGAUCUUAUCGAUUUUAAAGAAAAUGAAAGUAGUCAUACAAGGUUAUCUAGAGAACACAUAAAUAAAUAAACUUUAUGAUAUAGAAAGGAAAAGUAAAAUAAACUAAAAAGAGUUAGCACAUGGGAGGAAUGGGAAUCUUUGGAUAGUAUUCAAUUCAUGUUCUUGUUAUGGAGCCUCUAUAGUAUGGGCAUAAUAUAUCUGUUGGUCACUUUUCUGUUUUCAGUUUGAAUUUUUUUUCCUUCUAAUCCUAUAGUUUUUUUUGUGUUAAAGUGUUUUUAAAUUCAAGCUUUUAGCAUCACAUGGGAAACACACAAGAAAACAAUAGGAUAAGACGACAGUAGCGAUCGAGAUCAGACGAUUAUGUCUAUUUUGAUCUCUAGAGUCUAGAGAUGUUCUGUCUGUGUCUCAGCUUAACUGAUUUACAUCAGAAAUCGUUAAGUUAUUAUUCAAUUCAAUAUUACUCACCAAAGUAUCUUUUCUCAGCGAGUUUGUGUAUGAUCUACUGUUUUUUCGAGCCUAGAACACUAUCAGUUGUUGCCAAGUCUAAUGAAGUUUCUUUUCAGUUAAAAAUUAAGUUCCUUCUUUCGGACAACAGUUAGAACUUGUAUUUCUUUUCUUCUAUUUUUAAAUUAUAAGUUGUAACCACUGAAUUGGUUUAAUAUUUUUAUUAAAUAACGAAGCAUUAAAGAGGGAAAGUUUCUUUAAUCACAAGGAAACCUACGUAAGAGCAAAACAUUAUUUUCAUGGCAACAAGAAAGAGAAACGUUUAACAUUGAUGAAGACAAGUGAAGAGAAUCCGAAACAAAUCGCAUGGAAGCAAAGCUAUACCGUUACUCUCUUCCCUAUUUAGCUUCUCAUUAGCCACCUUCCUAAAUGCUCCUCUCUUCUCUCUGAUUCAUUUUGACGGAGUUAGAGAGAGUGAGAAAAGGGAUGAUGGAAGAAGGUAGUCUCUGGCAUCAAUGGAGCAUGAUCAGAUCUCUGUUAGCCAUUCUUCAAUGGUGGGGUUUCAACGUUACCGUUAUCAUCAUGAACAAAUGGAUCUUCCAGAAACUGGAUUUCAAGUUUCCAUUGUCGGUUUCAUGCGUUCAUUUCAUAUGUUCAUCGAUCGGAGCAUACAUUGUGAUCAAAGUCCUCAAGAUUAAGCCAUUGAUCGUGGUUGAUCCAGAAGACCGGUGGAAGAGGAUCUUCCCAAUGUCAUUCGUCUUCUGUAUCAACAUUGUGUUGGGAAACAUCAGUCUUAGAUACAUCCCUGUCUCUUUCAUGCAGACAAUCAAAUCCUUCACUCCAGCAACAACAGGUUUUCUUUUAGAAGACUUGCGCAACAAGAAACACAAUGAUCUUUUAUGUUCUGUUCUGAUUGUUUUUUUUUGUGUGAGGGAAGUUGUGUUACAGUGGUUGGUAUGGAGGAAAUAUUUCGAUUGGCGUAUUUGGGCGUCGUUAGUUCCCAUUGUUGGAGGGAUUCUUCUGACUUCUAUUACAGAGCUUAGCUUUAACGUGUUUGGUUUCUGUGCUGCUUUGUUUGGAUGUUUAGCUACCUCUACUAAGACCAUUCUUGCUGAAUCUCUUCUUCAUGGAUACAAGUUUGACAGCAUCAACACGGUGUACUAUAUGGCUCCUUUUGCGACCAUGAUUCUUGGAGUACCAGCGUUUCUACUCGAAGGUAACGGAAUCUUGGAUUGGUUUGAAGCACACCCGUCUCCAUGGUCGGCUCUCGUCAUUAUUCUCAGCUCAGGUGUUGUAGCUUUCUGUUUAAACUUCUCAAUCUUCUAUGUCAUUCACUCCACAACAGCAGUCACAUUUAAUGUAGCUGGUAACCUUAAGGUUGCGGUGGCUGUUCUGAUUUCAUGGAUGAUAUUCCGAAACCCAAUAUCACCGAUGAACGCUGUUGGGUGCGGAAUCACACUCGUGGGAUGCACGUUUUAUGGAUAUGUAAGUCAUUUGCUUUCUCAGCAACAACCGGGGACUCCUAGGACUCCUUGUACACCAAGGAACAAGAUGGAACUCAUGAUCCCUCUUGUUAAUGAUAAAGUUGAGGGUAAAGUUUGAACAUGCAACUUGUGUAGUUGAAUUCUUCAAGCCUAGACCUACUUUUGAAAGCCAAAUAAAAGGAAAAGAGAAAAGAUUUAGAUUUAAUAUUGAACCUCCUCAAUAAAGCAUUACCCUUUUUGUAUUCAUUUAUGCUACUUUAUUUCCCAACAAAAAUCGGCUCUAAAAUUUAUAGAACUCGAAAACAAUUAACGCAAUAGAUCGGAGCUACCAUGCAGCGUGUGUUACUGACUGAAUACUUCAAGUCAUAGAGCAACUGUUGAAAGCCAAAUAAAAAGAAAAGAAAAAUGAUUUAGAUUUAAUAUUGAACAUCCUCAAUAAAGCAUAUGCCCAUUUUGUAUUCAGUUUUGCUAAUGAUUUCACCUUACUUUAUUUUACUAACUAAAAUCGGCUCUAAAAUUUAUAGAACUCGAAAACAAUUAAC